AUGGUUCUCUUUAUGUACGGAAUUGAUACAGUGAAUAGUGCUCGUAUAUUGUUACUUCCAAUGUAUACGAAAAAACACGUCGUUGGAUUUGGGAAAGUUGCCGAUGCUAUAGCUACAAAUGGGCAUGAUGUCACAAUGUUGAUACCAUCGUGUGACAAAGCCCCGCCUAACAGUAAUUCGUACAGGAUAAAGACAGUACCAGUGAGUUUGACGCCGACUGACGUAGAGAAGAAAAGCCUGGACCAGAUACAGAUUGCCAUCAAUGAAGGGUUCAGUAUCCAUAUGUUUCGAAAUCUUUCCAAAUUUAUGGCUGGAAUCUGCGAUGACAUAUUCAGUAACCUACCUGACCUCACAGAAUUCAAUCGCAUCAAUGAAUUUGACCUUGCCGUAGUUGACUCUAAUAACAUUUGUGGGUUACUCUAUGUUGAGUAUUUUAAAUUACCGUUCAUCAGUUACGCGUUUACCACGGUAGAAGAGAAAAAUUGGCAUGCACCUCAACCAUUAUCGUACGUACCUGUUAGUAUGUCGGCCCUCACAGACAAAAUGACUUUCACGGAAAGACUAAAAAAUACUCUCAUUUAUUUGGUCUCUGACAUAUUUCGCGAUGUACUAUAUCUCGCACAGUUUAGAGAAAUACAGAAUAAAUACAACAUAGUUCCUGAUACAAAGAUUGUGAACAUUGCAUCAAAGGCCAGUCUGUGGUUGUGGGCUUCGGACUUUGCCUUUGAGUUUCCCCGUCCUCUGAUGCCACACGUUAUACCAAUUGGGUCAUUCACAGCAGAGAAAGUAAAACCACUUUCUAAGGAGCUAGAUGAUUGGAUACGAGGAUCAGGUGACCAUGGUAUUGUUGUAUUCUCUAUGGGUUCGCAAACUAGAGACUUGGGACGUAACUUGACUGUGGACAUAGCUUCCGCCCUAUCACGGUUACCACAAAGAAUUGUGUGGCGACACGACGGAGAAACACCCAACACUCUCGGGAGUAAUACCAAGAUCGUCAAAAAAUGGAUGCCACAAAACGAUUUACUUGCCAAUCCAAAUACUCGUCUCUUCGUGACCCACGGUGGUGCCAGUGGCGUGCAUGAAGGAUUACAUCAUGGCGUACCUAUGUUAUGCAUACCGAUAUACGGCGAUCACUAUGAUAAUGCUGCUAAAAUGAAGUCCAAAGGUAUCGGAAAUUACAUCGAUUACAAAACAAUGACGCCAGACAGUUUUUACCAAAUGAUGACAGAUAUAAUAACAGAUGAUAGAUACAAAAAGAGAGCUCAGAAGUUAUCCGCCAUUUCCCGAGAUAAGCCGAUGACUGCCGAAGAAUCUGUUGUAUACUGGGUAAACUAUGUAUUGAAACAUGGCACAGAUCAUCUGAUAUCCCAAGUACCCAACCUCUCGUGGUAUCAAUAUUUUUUAAUGGACGUAGCCGCGUUCGUGGUAGUUGUUGCCUUGGUAAUAUUUUACGUCAUUAAAAAGACGGGCGCAAUAUUAUUAGCAUUAUGCUGUAGAAAAUCUAAGAAACAAAAAAAGAAAACUGCAUAACUUGUAAAGCGUCUCAAAGCUUUAAUUAAUUCCAAGCGAAUAUAAAGUAUUUCACAGUAUAUAUAUUGCACUUAAUUGUGGUGUUUCCUGUAAAGUAAAGUGUAAAAUGCGGGAAAGUAAAAAUCAAGAACGGUGUUGG